AUGGCUGGGUACCAGCAUGAUGAGGCAAACGGUGCCCCGCCAAAUCUUCUCGGAACAGUGUUCCCGGGUCGAUAUGUUUAUCAGAGAAUGGACGCUGCCGAGAGCCAAGCAGAUGUCGACAUGGCAGAACUAAACUCUUUGGACCACAACACCACCAAGGGCGGCAUGGUGGUAAAUUCGUCUGUUCCCAUGGAUCCAAUCUCGCCAGCAACGGUACCCAACUCUCGUUCAGGAACGAGCCAUGGCGCUGAAGAUGUGUCUCCCAUAACACCUGGGCAAUCAGAAGUUGCCCAGAGUCCUGGCGGCACCGACUCAAAUAACUCCAGCGCGCCCAAUGCACCGGCAGCCGCCCCGGCAGUUCGGAGACCCUCGAGGAAAUCCAGAUUUACGGAAUUGCUUAGAAGGUCUCUUUCGUCAUCAGUUUCGUCAAAUGACGGCCGCACAAGGUCCUUGUCAGGAUUUGAGCCCGCCAGAGAAAUGACCCAGCAGGAUACGUCCUACAACCCUACCCGAUCGCAAAGUUCUGCCCAUCAAUUAGAUCCCAUUAGGGAAAAUGAACCCCCAGGAAACAGAGAUGAUGUGGAUAACUUCUCUUUGAAAUACAGCCAGGCCCCGUUGGAUUGUCACUCAAGGCGAGACGUGCACGUUCGGCGACGUAGUUGGCUAUACAUUAUGCUCAUGAUAUUCUCUCUAUAUUCGACGGUGCUGAGUGGAAUCUGGUUCGUCGUGGCCAUUAUUCAGCCGAGAUAUGGCAAAGGCAUCUCUUCAAGCAACGGCGCCGGCGUUGUCGCCCCGUCUACAGCAUCAUUGGUAACAGCACUGCUGGCCAAGACUACAGAAUUGACCUUUGUGACCGUUUUUGUUGCCUUUGUUGGUCAAGUUCUGACACGGAGAGCCUUUAUCAAGGGAUCCCAGGGUGUCACUCUCGCUGAAAUGACCAUGCGCAACUGGAUCAUCCAACCCGGCUCGCUGUUUACACACUGGGAUAGUAUACCAUACACCGGAGGAACUUUUCUAGGUGUUCUCACAUUGGUUGCCACCCUUGGCGGCAUAUUCUACACAACUGCGUCGGACGCCAUGGUCACGCCCAAGCUAAUAUUCGGCGAUUGGGAGCACCGGGCAAUAAGUGGGCGCGUUAAGGCUUCCUAUGCAAACCCGUACUAUGUCUUGGAUUCAUGCACUACACCCAUCAAUAAGACUAUCGAUGAGUGGAACGCUGGGCCAUCAUGUCUUGCCGUCUAUUACUCAGGUCAGUCGUACCGGAAUUUGCUGGAGUUUAUGGCAACUUGGCAAAAUCUUGUCAACUCAAGCCACACGGCGUCGACAACCGAUAUUUAUGCAAGACCUGGAGGGACUGCACUCCUAUACGACAACACCACCCUCUACCCAGCCUGGGUCGAUGGCGAAUAUAGCGACCCGGCUAAACAAUUCGCUACCGCCAAGAGAGUCAUCAACAAUGUAUCAAUGUCUAUGCCUCAUCCAGGAAUAUACCAGGCUGCGACCGACCCCACAAAUGGCAUCCUUCAGCCCAGCGACUUGUCAGGUGUGGGCGAGUAUCAAAUUAGAGCCAGUGUGGCCUCUCCGAGUGUGAACGUUCUAUGCGCAAACCUCAACAGAACAGAGCUGGAGCCACUCAUCUAUGCAACGUGGCCAGACGCAAGAACUGUCGGCACCGAAAUACCAUUCCAACGUACCGGCGUUGCCGACUGGAUGGACGACGUCCCUGUCGCCAGCGAAGACGAAUGGCUGAACUCGACAGUUGUAGAUGAUAUCUUUCUCUGGGGUGAGAAGUACGGGCGCCGUCCACCCGUCUUCCCAAUGUAUCCCAUUGACUAUAACAUGAUCACAAAUACGUCGGUCAUCAGCUCUGACUCUAUAUAUAUCCUCGCCAAAUCCGGUCUAGUUGAAGACUACACAGUAUGCCAGCUACGUUCAUGGUUAUCGCCCAAGUGCUCGACGCAAUUCAAUAUCUCGGGCAUCGCUGGUGCGCAGAUGCGCGCGCACUGCGAAGAUACGCAUGAUGAGAAUGCCUAUUCUCAUUCUCAACCAGCUAUGCCCGAGACUGGCAAUAUGGACUGGAAGAACAUGGUGGACCAAUGGCGUCUGAGCAUGGAUCUAAAUGGCGGCUCAACUAACAGCAACGCCUCCAACGCGCGCAUCUUGACAAACUUCAUCCUCAACUCGACUCGCCUCGAGCCACUCCUUCCGUCCAUGGGGGAGGCCCUUGCCGUUUUGGCUUCGUCAACUCUUGUCAUUGGCGGGCAGGACGCAUCGUUUCGACAGUACUGGGAUGCGUCCUACGGAGCACAAGAAUUACCAAAUGGCGUAUACGAGGAGUUUAAUGCCACCAUCAAGAUGCAGCAGUACGCAUCGGCACAUACCGAGGACUGGCAAGCCAUCUUCUACCCAGUUCUAGGCCUUGUCUUCGUGGUCAAUGUCGUAUGUUUGCUCUAUCUUCUCUUCGUCUAUGGCAUGGUCACCGACUAUACGGAGCCGCGCAAUAUGUUUGCCCUUGCCGUCAAUUCGCCACCAUCGCGUCAGCUCGAUGGUAGCUGCGGCGGUGGGCCGGAAGCUCGUGAGCUCGUUGUCCCCUGGCGCGUCGGUUAUGCCGAGAGUGCAAACCACUACUUCUUUGAAGAGGCGAGUGACCGGCCCUUGAAGGGCAAGUGGAAGAAUUCGGCCGCCGCGAGCCGCACUUCAGGUUUGAACCUUUUGGCCGAGCAGACCAAUGAAGGAGGAAGGUAUCGAAGUAGCUAUCAAAAGCUGAGUGCCAGCCGGAUGUUUCUAUGA